AUAAUAGGCAUUAGCCAUAAAACCGACAAUACGCUCUUUCAAUAAAUUCAACGGUGCACAAUCCUUCGAUACUCUCCUAUCACAACAAAAUACUGAUUCAUGAUGAUUACACGUGUGAGAUAUACUACGUGAAAAGGUUUGCAGUUCAUUUUAUAUAUUUUGUGCAGUCAGACAACAUGGAGUGAUAUUUUUGAGCUGGAUUUAUGUAUCCUGAAUACGACGAAAAAACAAAGAAGAUAAUGAUGACUAGCCAGAGUUCAAGUACAAGUUCUCAAUCAGAAGAACAUUGGUUCGACACCAUUCUUCAUCGGAUUGGUAAUGGUGUUACACCAGACGAUUAUCAUACAUUUGGCCUAAAAUUAGGAGUACCUCAAGAAAUGAGUCAGAAUAUACGAGAGAGCGCAGAUGAGGUUUUUCCCGAUGUCACAAUCGCUCUUCUGCGUCAAUGGAUGAGAAAGCUGGGAUUCACUCCAGAGCAGCUGGCUGAUGAACUAGUGAAGGCUCUCAAAGCUGUUCAGUGCGAGAGAUUGGCCGCAACAAUACAACAAGAAAUCCAGGAAAAUGGGGAAGAGUGGAAGACAUGCAUCCAACCACAAAAUGCUGCUGAUACUUUGUCUAAACGUCUAGAAUCUCAGAAAAUAUCACCAGAAGCCAAAGAAACAGAUGCUAAUGGAACGAAGAGUUCGACAAAUGGACUUUCAAAACGGAGGAAGAAACCAAAAGCGAACUAUCUCAUACAACCUCAUUGGAAAAAUUACUGAGACAUGUGACCAACAGUAACAAACUGAAAUAAUAAUGUUGGUGAAAGAUCUAGAUUCAUCAAAACCAAAUGAACGCACGGGGCAGCAAUCAAAACUGUAUCAUAAAUAUAUAUUUGUAUUGUUUGAUGACUGUUUGUAUCAUUCUCCCGGAUCAUUCUUUAAUUAUUAAUGCCUUAGUUUCUGUCAAAAUUACAUUUAUGUUAAUUGUUACAAUAUGGAUAAAUCCCAGUGUGCAAAACAAGGUUAUUUAUAAUAUUAUUUAUCGUAAAGGGAGUGAAUGACUAUCUAUUUUCUGUGUUAUGAAAAUAACUAUACUGUGACUUAAAAUUAGAAGCAAAGCAGUUUAACCUCUUAAAUGUUUUCAGGCAAUUUUCAUAGAAAAGUACAUUACAUGUUGUAUGUAUAUAUAGAUUUGGAAAUUUAAACCUGAAAGCAUCGGAAUCAUUUUUAGGACAAUGCAGUAACAGUAAUAACAAUGAAAAAGCAGUGAAAUUAAAAUCGAAUUACUUGUAAGUACUAUUGAACAAUAAUACAUGUUUGUGUAUGCUAAUUACUUGAAACAAAUUAUUUUUAGUCAUUUUUAUCAACAGACCUGUGAUGUAUUCUUCAUAAUUAUGUCCAUAUUAAAUUAAUUUUAUUUUCUUCAAA